UUUGUAGGUCGCUUUUGUCAUGGCUCGUACCAAGCAGACAGCGCGCAAGUCGACGGGCGGCAAGGCCCCGCGCAAGCAGCUGGCCACCAAGGCGGCCCGCAAGAGCGCGCCGGCCACCGGCGGCGUCAAGAAGCCGCACCGCUACCGGCCCGGCACGGUGGCCCUGCGCGAGAUCCGCCGCUACCAGAAGUCCACCGAGCUGCUGAUCCGCAAGCUGCCGUUCCAGCGGCUGGUGCGCGAGAUCGCGCAGGACUUCAAGACCGACCUGCGCUUCCAGAGCUCGGCCGUGAUGGCGCUGCAGGAGGCGUGCGAGGCCUACCUGGUGGGGCUCUUCGAGGACACCAACUUUGCUUUCCUGAAAGCCAUGUCUGGCCGAGGCAAAGGCGGGAAGGGCCUAGGCAAGGGGGGCGCCAAGCGCCACCGCAAGGUGCUGCGCGACAACAUCCAGGGCAUCACGAAGCCCGCCAUCCGGCGGCUGGCCCGGCGCGGCGGCGUCAAGCGCAUCUCCGGCCUCAUCUACGAGGAGACCCGCGGCGUGCUCAAGGUGUUCCUGGAGAACGUGAUCCGGGACGCCGUCACCUACACGGAGCACGCCAAGCGCAAGACGGUCACGGCCAUGGACGUGGUGUACGCGCUCAAGCGCCAGGGCCGCACCCUCUACGGCUUCGGGGGCUAAUUUGCCGGGUUUCGCCACCAGAACGUUUCAUUUCUCAACCAAAGGCCCUUUUCAGGGCCACCCAACUGUUCAAAAAAAGGGCUGUCCUAAACGAACCAGGGCACUUGAGCCUACCAGCUCCGUACUCUACUUAGAAUCCACAAUAUUGAGACCGAAACCCAGAAGGUUGUGGGAUUUUGAAAGGAAAACUUCAGUUCGAUAGUCGUAUGUGCCAAGGUAACUCCCUUAGCUCAAUGGUUUAUUUUACCCGUUCCUCUGUUCCCAGUCACCGCAUACGA